UCAUAUAUAUAAAGGACGAUUUGACUUGUUUCAAUCAUUAAAAACUACAAGUUAUCCAAGUUAAACGUUUGAUUUGGUCUUGAAAAACUCUUACAAAAUGCGUUUAUUUGUUAUUUUCAUUGCUUUUCUUGUUGUCUACUCUGUUUCAGGAGCAUCUCUUGGCUCGCAAAACAAGUCAAACAAUGGUAAAGCAACCAAAAAUAAUUCAGGUAAAACUUCGCCAUCGAAAGCCACGUUGAAAAAAGAUUCAGAAGAAACUGAAAGUGAGACAAAAAUCGACACCACUGAAGAAGAAACUGACUCUGCCAAGAUUGAAAGAUUGUUAUGGGAGAUCCAAGAACUUUUGGCCGACGUAAAAGCAAACACUGAACCUGAAUCUUCAUCUGAACCUGAAAAGCCAUCUAAAAAUGUCGGCCCCUCAAAGGUCUUACCUAAACCUCCAUGUCGUAAGCCUCACCCACCAUUUGACUUUCCCCGGCCACCAUUCGGUUUUCCUCCACCACCUUUCGGCUUUCCUCCCCCUCCAUUCUUUGGAUGAUUCGGUGGCAAUCCAAGAUUUGAUAUUCUAUUGAACUGAUGUUCGAGUGUAACAAGAUGUAUAACGUUGAGUUACUAACGUCAAUUUCAUUUACAAAUAAAUAAACUAGCUAUUACAUAUUUCAA